AUGGACCGCAUUGUCAAACCUUCCUCAGACUCAUCUGACAUUCAGCUGGCUGCUGAGGCCCUCCAGAGCUUGAGAUCUUCAUCUUCAUCUUCAUCUUCAUCUUCAUCUUCAUCUUCAUCUUCAUCUUCAUCUUCAUCUUCAUCUUCAUCUUCAUCUUCAUCUUCUUGUAAUGGACCUUCACAUCUUUCUUCAACCUCUGCUCAAGACUCCUUUAACCACAAACAAUCCACAAGCAAGUCUGUUGCAACACCUUACAAUAACAAUAACAACAACCAUACAAAUCAUCAUUCCUCGAUAAUUAUGGCAAACAGACACUCUCCAUACCAUUCAAGAUCAUCUUCGGUAUCUUCAUCAACCUCUUUUGCUCCAUCAAACCUUGCAAAUGUUCCAGUUCUUCCACCGACCUCGUCCUCAUCUGCAUACAACUCCCCUGCUGCGUCCCCUCCAGUGCUCUCUUCAGCCCUAGCCUCCCCCACUAUUGGCUCUCCAGAUAUGCUCCCCCAACAACAGUCCUCCUCUACUUCUACCUCAUCCCAAGUGAAACUCCCCAGUAUUGACUCUGCCGUCUUUCUUUCAACUCCAUCUGACCCCUCAACUAAAGUAAACUUGUCUUCCACAACCCCGAAACCCAAAUCCGCAAACAAACGUAAACUCACACCAGGCUUUUUAAACCCACUGGUAUCCUCGGCCGCAAAAAUCUACGAGCAAAGCAAGUCCUAUUCCCCACGAUUCCGUUACUCGGCAGAAAAACUUGAAUCAGUCAUCUCUUCUCGCAUGAAUACAAACUCACCCAAACCAACCCUCCCACCGCUGAGGGCCUCCGACAAGACUCUUCCGCCUCUCAAUAGUUCAUAUGAUCAGGAACAAAAUAGAGAGAAACCACCUGUCAAGAAAAAACAGCGUUCCACAUGGCAAGGAAUGCUGGUUACGGCCUCUUCUAUCGCCACAUCUCUAUCAUCUGACAACAAACAACGUUUGAGAUACUGCCUGCAUUUACUGAAACUCGCAAACACUCACAUCGCCACCAAGGUUAACCAGCUCCAGGAAAUCCUACAAGAGGAACGCGCUGCCGCUUUGGCCCAGUCUAUUGCUGCAAACCAUGUCCCUACAACCCCUGGUUCAACAGGCCCUGCCCCCAACAAUAGCACCAAAACAGCACGAAACGCUUUUCUCACUCAAAAAGUCAACUCCAUAAAACGAGACAUUGUUUGGACUAUCCGCAAGGUUGUUUCUGCGCUAUCAACAUACGCAGGAAACUCUCUCCCCGAGCCUGCUCGUACUCAUGUCCGCAACUACAUUUUGCGGCUUCCUGCUCGAUGGGCAUCGUCACUCUCGGCCUCUAACCCCGUUUCAGGGACUUCAACCCGGUGCUCAACGCCUGGAACAACUGGAACAGGCUCAAAUACACCUACUAUAGAGUCUAUGCUUUCACCAGCUCACACAAAUUCCACAACAGUGUCUCUAGAAUCUAAGAAUCGACAACAGUCACUCUCAAGCUCUCGCACAGUUAGUGGAUCUUUCUCACCCAAAGACGAUUCUGAUUCCCCUCUUCUUCAAGGUGGUGUACCUUCAUCUACGAACAACAAUAAUAUUAACAACGACGGUGACUUGACUCCUUCAACUUCUGUUGCUUCUUCUGAGUCCAACACUUGUAGUUCUACAACGCUCAAUCAUGAGGAGCGACAACGGAUCCACACGGAUGCAGAAAUUGGAAACCGUGUGUUGUCAUUAGCCACUGAAGCCCUUGAAAUGUUGGGCUCUAUUAUUGCAAUUGUAGACGAGACCCUUGAGCGUGCUGAGAUUUGGUGUGACCGGUUUGGUCGUGUUGGUCUUGCUUCGGGUCAAAAUCAGAGCCAGCGGCAACAACAGCAAGAAACAGAGCACCAGAGCAUACGGGAAAAUGCAGAUGAAGGUUCUGUUAAUAAAUCUGUGGUACAAGGUUCCGGAUUGUCUACGUCUAUUGGGGAUAGUGACUCAGCCGCAAAUGGACUAAAGCAGCGGAUAGUGGUUGGAUCUGGGGAAGGUUUCAAGCAUGAAGAUGUAGAAAUGAGCGAUAGAUGA